AAUUGAUGCCAAGGCAUGAUUUUAGUGAAUUACAAUUUCGUCGAAACUGCGCCGAGUUCCGCAGAUCUUUGUAUUGAUUGUAAUUCGACACUUGUAGAAUUAGUGUUUCUAAAUAUCGGUCGAAGCGCUCAACUCUGAAUAGCUACUGUUAGCUAGCUAAUUAUUUGUGGCUCUUUCAAAACACCUUUUUAAGAAGACGUUAGAAAUGUACUGACUUCAUAUGAACGUUACCAGCUAGCCUAGCCCAAGUUGUCAUUCCAAAACAUGAUUCAUCAGUUUGUUAGUCUAGCUAGGAAGUGUGGGUAAACAAACGAGUGGUGGAGUUAAACCUAUUGCGUCUCUGUGCUAUCAAGACGAGGAGGGGGGGGUUAUCUUGAGGUCAAGUGAAGGAAUUCCUCCCCAAUCUUCUGUUCCCAUGGCUAACAGCAAAGAUAAGCAAAAGACUAACUGCAUUUGAGAUAUCGAUGCGUACCUUUUUCACAAAGAUUAUUGCGGUCCUGAACCGUUGUCCUCAUGUGACUGAGUGCUUUAGUGAGACUUGAGAGGUGCCACCUGUGGAAGAGAAGCAUUGGCAGUUUCCACCUUUGCUGACUCGUUGAUAUUGAUUCUUGCAUUUUGUGGUUUCUUCUUUGUUUGGCAGAUGUAUCAUGUGCAGCGUAGCCUACGGAACGAUUAUUAAGAAUCACGAAAAUAUGUAAAUUAGAGCCAGACCGGAUUUUUGCUUCCGAUUCCAAUACCUCUUUUACGGAGGCAGCAAAGUCACCGAUAUAUCUGCCGAUAUAUUGUUUUUUAGAGGUGGAACUAAAAACAUACUUUUUUAAAUUUAUUUUUUACACAGAUUGUUCUUCAAAGGAUUAACAGAUACUCUGAAUGAUGAUUAAGAAUCACGAAGAAGAUGAGUUUGUUGCUGUGCGGGUCCAAGAUCCUCGGGUUCAGAAUGUCAGGUCUUGGAAUUCGUAUGUAGAUUUCAAGAUAUUCCUACAUACCAACAGCAAGGUUUUCACGGCCAAGACGUCAUGUGUGCGCCGUCGCUACAGUGAGUUUGUCUGGCUCAAGAAGAGGAUGCAGAAGAACACUGGCUUGGUACCUGUCCCAGACCUGCCCAGCAAGCCCUUCUUCUCCUCUAGUGGUGAGGACUUCCUGGAGAAGAGGAGGAAAGGCCUGCAGUCCUUUCUGGACAAAGUGUGUAGCAUGACAGUAUGUCUGUCAGAUAGCCAGCUCCACCUCUUCCUGCAAACCCAACUGCCAGUUGGGCACAUCCUGGACUGUGUGCAGGGCCACACCCCCUACACUGUGACAGAGGCCAUCCUCACUUACGGCUCAUCCAAUCAGGGCCGGGUUCCAGAAGAGGACUCAGCCCAGGACCCGAGUCUUACUCCAGUUCCUUAUGAGUCUACGGAGAGCCCUGUUCCUCAUCUACCUACCCUGCGAUGUGAAGAGCCCCUCACCCCUGUGAACCUCACCUCCAGUGAGCCAGAGGGCCUACGGACUGAGAAGUUCCUAGCUGACCCCCAUGACAUAGACGCUGUAGAGUUACAGCUCGGUGAGAACCCUUCCUCAGAGGUCACCCAAGAGGACCACGAUGUAGUCCAUGUAGAGGCCGCCCUGGAGACACACAGCCCAGUGGAGACUAUCUUUAAGUGGGACGGCCAUGAAGACUCUACCCCAGAAAGGCUCGACCAUGAGGAGGUGAUCCACCACCAAGGGGAUUGUCAACAGCUGACACUUGUGGAAGCGCACUCUGAAAAGUACACCGGCUUGGAGGAGGAGUGUGUAACGGAGGUGAAGAAUGAGAGGGUCAUUGAGGAGACCCAUACAGACACGACUACACAGACAAUCCCUCCCAAACAGAGUAGCCCAGAGCUAGACAUCCAUGAGGAAACCCCUCAAGAUGGCCUAAGGGAGACCGUUCUAGAGGACCUUAACCCUGCGGAGGAAGCUCAAACAACCUCCGAAGGGGACAGUGACAAAGAUGCAGUAACAGCCAUUGAGCUGGACAGCCAAGGACACACGGAUGAGAUCAACUCCCACGUAGAGAUCAGCCUAGAGGUGGAAAGUGUUGAUGACUCAACCCAAGAGGUAGAAAAUUGAGACGUUGCAACCCAAAAGGUAGAAAUCAAUGACUCAUCUUGAGGUGGAAAGUGGCGAUGAGGCAACCCAAGGGAAGACUCCCUUGGACAUUCAACAAGUAGAUAAUCAGCUGGACACAACAGAAGAGGUUGAUAGUGACGAGGAAAUUAAUGCAGAGGACAGGGAGAGUCUUGGGAAAAUGGGGAGACUACAACAUCCGAAGGGAGUAAUAAGGAGAGCGACAACAAGGACACGAGACAAAUGGCUACAUGGAGUCAGCUCCUGAGAAGGGACAUCACAAAACAGACCACACAGAGGCAGAAGAAGUCCUCAACAGACAUUCUAAAGCCCGAAACUAACCAAGAUCCCUCACAUGAAGAAAUAACACCUGAGGUACCCAAUGCUCAGCGGACCAAUGGUGUCAAAGUCGGAGAGGGAAUUAGUCUAACUCAACCGGCUGUGUUGCCCCAAUGGCAUUAAUGUGGCAAAUAAUUUGGCAGUUAAUUCACAUGGAUUCUGAAUGCUGUGUGAUCCAGAACUGUGAUGCUGUUAAAACAUGAUUACGUGAGUUUAGUGUGGGUGAAUGUUACUCAAGACACUUGCAACUUAUCAUGCAAUCAACUUUGACUGUGUUUUAUUCAUAAGUUCUGGGGGGGAAAAGUGUCAUCCUGCAUGCGUUCCCUUAGGCAUUUUGUGUUGCUGUUGUGGGGCGGGUUUCUGGGUUCAGCUUGAACAAACGAGGAUGAGUGUCGUUCCACCUAAAAGCACAAGAAUUGUGCUGAAACAGGUUUCAUUCCAGAAACAUUAUUUGAUCUCUGAGAAAUAAAUACAGUACCUAACAUCUUAUUUGAACCAUCAUUCUUCCUGACAAAUCCAAAUCCAUCCAUGGAUCCCCCCACACUACACCAAUCCCACCCCAAUAACCAGUAUACAGUAUCAGUUUGCUAUGUCUGACAUGGAGCUGCUUUUUCAUAUUAUGUAAAGUCGCUGUUCCUGACUGCCACACCAUGUCAUCAGUUUGGCUUGUCUCUUGUGUUUAUUAAAUGGAUCGCAACAUUUUCUUUGCAACUUUGGGAAGUAAACCAAAAGCUUUUGCUCAUGAUCAUCCUCCCAAUUCAAGCCAGUCCUUCAGUUUGUCUUCGGCUUAAUCUGUGUCCAGGAAAUGAACCGUGUGUGUGGUUUAUUCCCAUCAGGCUACAGCAGUUCUACUCGUUUCAAUGUUAUGGUCUAAUUGUCUUCAAUGGUAAAAGUCCCAAACACACUGUACAGUGUUUUGCAAUGUUGGGGAUGUUUGUUCUCAUAUUCAGCCUUUUAACAGUGCAUUAGUUUAUUUAAAUGGCAUAGCAGUUGUUUGAAGUACCCCUUUUAUGUUAUGUAGAUGAUUACCAGACAGUUUUUUCCACUUAGGUAGUUCAUACAAGGAUGUACAAGGGCAAUAUACCUACCUAAAAAUAGUCAAAAAUAAACUAGGAAUGCACCUAUUGAUGACAA